AUGAAGCCUCAAUAUUUGAAUCAUCUCCUACUGCUCUGCGGCUGCCUUCUCGUCCUAGGUUCAGCACGUCGUGAUGUUGCACAUCGAAGAGGCUUUACGCCUCAGGGAAUGGCAGAGAUGAGGGCUCGUGCUUUACUCGGACGGGACACUACCGCGACCAAUGAUCCAUUAUACUAUACUAACAAGACCAAAAAAUACUUUGUGGAAUCACUCCCUGAUGUCCCACAAAGCUUCAUGACGGAGCUUUACAGCGGUAUCAUUCCUCUGAACAUGUCUGAUGAUAGUCGAGGUAUGUUCUUUGUUUUCCAGCCUCGGGUGGGAUCACCAGUCAAGGAAAUCACCAUCUGGUUCAAUGGAGGACCCGGAUGCAGCUCAUUAGAAGCCUUCUUGCAAGAGAAUGGCCGGAUCCAGUGGAGCUGGGGUCAAUACUCUCCAACUAUCAAUCCCUAUUCCUGGGUGAAUCUGACCAAUAUGCUUUGGGUCGAGUACCCUAUCGGAGUUGGUUUCUCUCCGGGAAAAGCCACCGCCACAAAUGAAGAAGAGCCGGCGGAAGAGUUCGUCAAGUUCUUCAAGAACUUCCAGACGAUCUUUAACAUCAGCAACUACUCGAUCUAUGUCACUGGAGAAUCAUAUGCUGGAAGAUAUGUACCGUAUGUCGCAAAUGCAAUGCUUGACCAGAACGACACGACCCAUUUCAAUGUCUCGGGUGCACUUGUUUAUGAUCCUUGCAUCGGCUCUUGGCCAACGGCAAAUGCUUUGUCCGUAUACCCAUGGAUCAAAAAGAACAACAACAUGAUGGGUUUCAACGAUUCGUACGUUUCGAUGCUCGCCGACAUGGACAAGAAAUGUGGUUAUGCACAAUAUCGCGAAGAUUAUAUGCAUUUCCCGCCCAACGGCACACAACCGGUGACGUAUCUCAACACCACCGCCGAUCCGGACUGCGACCUGUGGGAUAAUGUCUACGACACGGCAUACUCUGUCAACCCGUGCUUUAACGUGUACUCACCAAACCUUGCCUGUCCGAUCCUUAGUGACCCACUUGGUUUUCCCUCUGACUUGAUCUAUUCAUAUCCGGGAUUGCCGCCUUAUUUCAACCGCACCGACGUCAAGAAGGCAAUGCACGCGCCCGCCAACGCCGAUUGGGAACUCUGCACGGGACCCGUAUUUGUUGCCGAAGAUAGUGGUCCUGAAGACGAGAACGAUCUGAGUGCAGAUCCGAUUCAAAAGGUCCUUCCUCGAGUUAUUGAGGCGACAAAUCGUGUGCUGGUGUCAAACGGUGAUCUCGACCUCGAAGUCUUAACCAAUGGCACACUCCUGGCGAUCCAGAACAUGACGUGGAACGGCAAACUCGGGUUUCAGACCGAACCUUCCAAGACCAUCACGAUCAACAUUCCGGAUAUCCAGUACCAAGAGGUCUUUGUGUCUAGUGGAUUCGAGGGUCUAGAUGGACCUUCUCAAGGGAUCAUGGGUAUUCAACACUUUGAACGAGGACUCAUGUGGGCACAGACCUAUCUCAGUGGGCACAUGCAACCUCAGUUCCAACCACGGAGUUCAUAUCGUCAUUUACAGUGGUUGUUGGGAAGGAUUGAUGCGCUAUGA